ACAAGCUUCGGCCGGCCAUCUCUACAGCCAAAAUUAGUCAAUUAGCCACCAGCAUUUCUGGCUUCCUUCUUUUGUCUGCUUUUUCUCGGCGUCUGACGAUGGGUGAAAUCGGGCACGCAAACGGCGUCCACGUCUCGGGUUUCUGCGUGAAGGACCCACUGAACUGGGGCGUGGCGGCGGAGGCGGUGAAGGGGAGCCAUUUGGACGAGGUGAAGGAGAUGGUGGCGGAGUUCCGGCAGCCGGUGGUGAAGCUGGGUGGGGAGAACCUCACGAUUGCUCAGGUGGCGGCGGUGGCGGCGCGCGGCAGCGACGUGGAGGUGGAACUCGCGGAGGCUGCUAGGGAAAGGGUGAGGGCCAGCAGUGAGUGGGUGAUGGAGAGCAUGAACAAAGGGACUGAUAGCUACGGCGUCACCACUGGUUUUGGGGCCACCUCCCAUAGGAGGACCAAGCAAGGUGGCGCCCUUCAGAAUGAGCUUAUUAGGUUCUUGAACGCGGGAAUAUUUGGUAAUGGAUCAUCGGAGUCUUGCCACACGCUGCCGCCGUCGGCCACAAGGGCCGCCAUGCUUGUAAGAAUCAACACUCUCCUUCAAGGCUACUCCGGCAUCAGAUUCCAAGUCCUGGAAGCCAUCGCCAAAUUCCUCAACCACAACAUCACCCCAUGCCUGCCCCUUCGAGGCACCAUCACCGCCUCCGGCGACCUUGUCCCCCUAUCCUACGUCGCCGGCCUUCUCACAGGUCGUCCCAAUUCCACCGCCACCGGGCCCGCCGGCGAAACCCUCACCCCCGACCAAGCCUUCCGCCUGGCCGGAAUAGAUUCCGGGUUCUUCGAGCUGCAACCCAAGGAAGGCCUCGCGCUUGUCAAUGGCACUGCCGUCGGCUCCGGCCUUGCCUCCAUGGCCCUCUUUGAGGCCAACAUUCUUGCUGUUUUGGCUGAGGUUUUGUCGGCGGUCUUCGCCGAGGUUAUGCAAGGAAAGCCUGAAUUUACCGACCAUUUGACCCACAAAUUGAAGCACCAUCCUGGCCAGAUUGAGGCCGCAGCCAUUAUGGAACACAUACUGGAUGGAAGCUCUUACGUUAAAGCUGCACAAAAACUCCAUGAAAUGGAUCCGCUGCAGAAGCCAAAGCAAGAUCGAUACGCCCUUAGAACAUCGCCCCAGUGGCUCGGCCCAUUGGUUGAAGUAAUUCGAUUUUCGAAGAAAUCCAUCGAAAGGGAGAUAAAUUCCGUAAACGACAACCCUUUGAUCGAUGUUUCAAGAAACAAAGCCCUACAUGGCGGCAAUUUUCAGGGUACCCCAAUCGGAACCUCCAUGGACAAUACCCGACUAGCAAUCGCGUCGAUCGGGAAGCUCAUGUUCGCCCAAUUUUCAGAGCUCGUAAAUGACUUCUACAACAAUGGGUUGCCGUCAAAUCUCUCCGGUGGGCGGAAUCCAAGCUUGGACUAUGGCUUCAAGGGCGCCGAGAUCGCCAUGGCAGCCUACUGCUCGGAACUCCAAUUUCUGGCCAACCCGGUGACCAACCACGUCCAAAGCGCCGAGCAACACAACCAAGAUAUCAACUCCUUGGGCCUCAUUUCAUCAAGAAAAACGGCAGAAGCCAUAGAUAUCUUGAAGCUCAUGAGCUCUACUUAUUUGGUGGCAUUAUGCCAAGCCAUAGAUUUGAGGCAUUUGGAGGAGAAUUUAAAGAGCGCCGUCAAGAACACGGUCAGCCAAGUAGCAAAGAAAAUUCUGGUCAUCGGCGUUGAUGGGAAGCUUCACCCGGCGAGAUUCUGCGAGAAGGACUUGAUCCGAGUGGUGGACCGGGAGUUCGUCUUCGCCUACGUCGACGAUCCCUGCAACUCCGUCUACCCAUUGAUGCAGAAGCUGCGGCAAGUCCUCGUCGAUCACGCCCUGAAAAACGGCGAAAACGAGAGGAAUUCAAACGCUUCAAUCUUCCACAAGAUUGAAGCUUUUGAGGAGGAGCUGAGGGCCGUUCUGCCGAAAGAGGUGGAGGCUGCGAGAGCGGCGGUUGAGAGUGGGAAUCCGGCGAUUCCUAACAGGAUCAAAGAGUGCCGGUCCUACCCAUUGUAUAAGUUUGUGAGGGAGGAACUCGGAACCGGGCUGCUGACAGGAGAAAUGGUCCGGUCGCCGGGGGAGGAGUUCGAGAAGGUGUUCGCCGCCAUCUGCAAGGGGCAGAUGAUUGAUCCCUUGUUGGAUUGCCUCAGAGAUUGGAAUGGAGCUCCUCUUCCAAUCUGCUAGGUCUCUGUUUAUUCUCUCUGUCAUCUUCUUCUUAAUUGAGAUUAAUUGUCUUUUAUUAAUCUCAUUACAUACAUAUAUAUAUAUAUAUAAAGUUGUAUUUGGCGCAAGAUUUUCUACCUGUGUAUCAGGCAAUAAAAUUUCAAAUUUGGCA